AUGCAGAGGAUCCCUCGUAACCCUGAGCUCCCCUGGGUGCUGCUGCCUCCAACAUGGGUGUUGACUGAAUGGAAGAGAGGACGCACUGGUGAGGAUUCAAACCUGCAGCGCAACCCAACACAUUCUUCCUGGACCAUGAUUCUGCAGCCCAGGACGUUGUUUGUGUUGCUGGCCCACGCACAUGUUCUAGUGUCUUUGAGGACUAAUGGGGAAGUGCGGGGCAACGAGGACGCGCACUCCGCCAGGACUUUCCACGCGUCGCUGCGGGAGAGUCACCCGAGCAGAGCCAGGGACCGUGCGCUCUCGGCGGGGCAUGCCACAGGUGCCUCCCCGGCGGAGAGGGCCAUCUCCAGGGGGAUCCUCAACUCCACUCACCCCUGGAGGAGAGCCUCACCCGCGGGGGAGACGAGGCGAGUGGGACACAACAAACGCGACUUCAAUAGGACCGUGACGCCCGUGGAGGAUCCCCACGCCGUGGCACAUUGGGACGCGACGCGCCGCCACAGUAAGAGGAUAAAGUUGAAUGGCGCUCUUGAUAGUACGAGGACGCCAGCAGGUGGACACUACAAUGCGGCUAAGUCCUCCUCAAUGGGCCUGGGAGGAGGGGGCCCCGAGGAGGGCGACAGGCACAAGAGGGGCACAAAAGACGAGCAGAAGAAAGGAUGGAAGAGGGGGAGAAGCCGGCUGAACAAAGGCGGGUUGCCUCUGGCCCAACCUCACACGUUGCCGUGGGAACCCAUCCCCAAGCCGGUGGCCCUCACCUCCACCGACAUGCCCUUUGACCUCUUCACCAGGAGGCCCGAGCACUUCACGUUCAGGGAGGAGAACCCCUGGGAUGCCACGCCGAUCACACCCCCCAGCUCGCAGGACUUCGGCGGCGACGAGAUCAAGAACCCCUUCUACCCGGUGACCAGCGAGACCUACGGCGCGUACGCCAUCACCUGCGUGUCCGGGGUCAUCUUCCUGGUGGGCAUAGCGGGCAACAUCGCCAUCCUGUGCAUCGUGUGCCAGAACUACUACAUGAAGAGCAUCUCCAACUCUCUGCUGGCCAACUUGGCCGUGUGGGAUUUUGUGCUCAUCCUCUUCUGCCUGCCCAUGGUGGUGUUCCACGAGCUGACCAAGUCCUGGCUGCUGGGGGAGUUCACCUGCAAAGUGGUGCCAUAUGUGGAGGUGGCGUCUCUGGGCGUGACCACCUUCACCCUGUGCGCUCUGUGCAUCGACCGCUUCCGCGCAGCCACCAACGUCCAGAUGUACUACGAGAUGAUCGAGAACUGCACGUCGACCACUGCCAAGCUCGCCGUCAUCUGGAUCGGCGCCCUCCUAUUGGCCCUCCCGGAGCUCCUCAUCCGACAGCUGGUGACGGAGGACACGGGAAUCCCGGGCGAGCUUCCCGUGGAACGCUGCAUCAUCAGGAUAUCCACCUCGCUUCCUGACAUUCUCUACGUGCUGGGCCUGACCUACGAGGGCGCUCGUCUGUGGUGGUGCUUCGGCUGCUACUUUUGUUUGCCCACCCUCUUCACCAUCGGGUGCUCGUUGGUUACGGCGCGCAAGAUCCGGCGCGCCGAGCAGGCCAGUGUGCGCAGCAACAAGAAGCAGAUUCGGCUGGAGAGCCAGAUGAACUGCACCGUUGUGGCGCUGGCAAUUGUCUACGGUGCGUGCGUGGUGCCUGAGAACAUCUGCAACAUAGUGUCUGCAUACAUGGCGGCCGGUGUUCCCGAGCACACCAUGUCCAUCCUCCAUCUUCUCUCCCAGCUGCUGCUCUUCUGCCGGGCCGCCGUGACGCCGGCGCUGCUGCUCCUCCUGUGCCGUCCUCUGGGCAGGGCCUUCCUAGACUGCUGCUGCUGCUGCUGCUGCAACCACGUGCCCUCCUCGGCCACGGCCAGCGACGAUAACGAACACGAGUGCACCACCGAGCUGGAGCUGUCGCCGUUCAGCACCAUCCGCAGGGAGCUGAGUAACUACACACCUGCCGGCUCCAACUGCUAA